AUGGCUGCUUCCUUACAAGCCGCCGUUACCACCGCGGCUCUGGCACCUCGCGCCAUCGCAAAUCUCCGGCCUCCUUCUCAUAGCAUCUCUAAAUCCUUCGGCGUCGAGCUGGUGACGAGCCGUGUUUCCUGCUCCCUCCACGAUGAUCUUAAGAACUUGACUCGGAAAUGCGUUGAGGCUACCAAGAUCACCGGCUUUGCACUCGCUACCUCUGCUCUUCUCGUUUCGGGGGCAAAUGCAGAAGGAGUGCCAAAGAGGCUAACUUUCGAGGAGAUACAGAGCAAGACUUACAUGGAAGUGAAAGGAACAGGAACCGCUAAUCAGUGUCCAACCAUUGAAGGUGGCAUAGACUCAUUCGCCAUAAAGCCAGGCAAAUACUACGCCAAGAAACUCUGCUUAGAGCCAACUUCAUUCACCGUCAAAUCAGAAGGAGUUAGCAAGAACUCUGCCCCCGAUUUCCAAAACACAAAGCUCAUGACCCGUCUUACCUACACGCUCGACGAAAUAGAAGGCCCUUUCGAAGUAGCAUCCAAUGGAACGGUGAAGUUUAUAGAGAAAGAUGGUAUUGACUACGCAGCAGUAACCGUGCAACUUCCCGGAGGAGAGCGUGUACCGUUCUUGUUCACGAUCAAGCAGCUCGUGGCAACGGGGAAGCCAGAGAGCUUUGGAGGAGAUUUCUUGGUGCCAUCUUACAGAGGCUCGUCUUUCUUGGAUCCUAAAGGUCGUGGCGGAUCCACUGGCUACGACAAUGCAGUUGCGUUACCCGCUAGAGGAGACGACGAAGAGCUGGCCAAGGAGAACAACAAGGACACAGCUGCUUCGCUUGGUAUGAUCACACUUAGUGUGACAAAGAGUAAUCCUGAGAGCGGUGAAGUGAUUGGUGUUUUCGAGAGUGUUCAGCCGUCGGAUACUGAUUUGGGAGCUAAGACUCCUAAGGAUGUUAAGAUCCAAGGAAUCUGGUAUGCCCAACUUGAGAAAUAA